ACUAAAUGUCUCAUCACAAAUACAAGAAAAUAGAUCAUUAAUGAAGUGACUGUUGGACAGGCAGCCAGGUGGUGUCUUCACAGGAGGAUCUGACCUGGUUUCCCUGCUACUAAUUGAAUGUCAUCUAUAACAUCAAGGUCUUCAUUGCACAGUGUGUGGGACGUCCAGCAGGGGCGCGCGGGGUGUCACGUUGCUAUAGCAACUUAGGCAUACAAAACGGUACAAUAAUGCCUACCUCUGGGGAAAAAGACGACAGAAAAAAGAGACGUACUCUGGUUCUGAGGCCAUCUUCUCGAACAAUAAAUAUUUCAGUAUCAGGCAUACAUGGAGUCAACCAAAGUACAAGGGACGCAUACAGCGUCUUCGGUUCCCCGAGCAGAAAAAGUUUCAGUCUGGGCGGUGGCAGCAAAGUUCUGGAGAAAACUCCGAGACAAGCUGUUCGGGUGUUUGAUGAAGAGGGAGGUGACGUCACUCCUCAGCCGCUCCACCAGGCAGAUCCGGCAGCUGGGCAGGCCAAAGGCAGCAGGUUGUUUCUGGAUGAAAUCUCUGCGGGAUCAGCAUCAGAUCAGACGACCGCCUCCGGGAGCUUCACCAUGCCUUUCUCCAGGUCAAUAUUAGGAAGCAGUAGAAAAUCCAGCCAGUCUACCAUUGAGUCAAUGAAUGAGGAGAUGGAGGAUACAUUUUCCAAACGGGACAUGCCCAUCAACUUCCUAGAUGUGCAGGGGAAAAGAGACACUGUGAAAGAACAUGUGACAGAAGACAUGUUGAAAGAGGUGACAGAUGUCUACAUCUCUGAGACAGACAGCAUUUCACUGCUGGACAUAUCCAGCACCGUUGUGUCCGUUGAUGCUGAUGACGCAGAAGCUAUCUUAGAAAGAAACAAUCAGUAUGCUGAGGUUUGCAGAAUCAGAACAGGCAAUGAUAAGUAUGUGGACCGAUCAGUGCAGACAUUGAAUGGAACAGCUAAAAACAAACAGGUCCAGAGCGACAGCCCGGUCCUGGUGGACACAGCCACAACUGUUACCACCUGGGACUUGUAUGACAUUUUAAUCAGCCCUGAGAAGGAUGAAGAGGUGUGUAGCCCUGAGCUCGGGAGGGCUGACUAUCCAGAGGCUGUUGUGAACACCAGCAAAGGUGCAGAGAGGAGCGUGUCAGUGGGCAGCACAGACAGUACAGCCAGUGCUGCUAGCUCAUUGAAAGAAGUGGAAGCGUUUGGGAACAGUAUAAAUGCUGAGCCAGACCUGCAGCUCAUCAUGCUGUCAGAGAAAUUCCAACACUGCUCUCUAGUAAUGGAGAGUAGCAUACUUGGAAACACUUUCCAACCCAAGCUGGCUGCUUACAGACAGCUGCCUGUAAUAGAAGACCCAGACAGUGUGGUGAAGCCUGGGACGGAGGAGGACACAGAGAGCCCCCCAGCUGUGGAACGUCUCUGGGCAUUCAGCUGUGAGCUCAGCAGAGGACGCAGCAUCAGCAGCAUGGCUUGGAACAAGAGGAACCCGGACCUCCUGGCUGUGGGCUAUGCUGCGUUUAGCUCCAGUAACCACAAACCAGGCCUGGUGUGCUGCUGGUCUCUCAAAAAUCCCACGUGGCCUGAGCGUUUCAUCCACUGUGACAGUGCUGUGACUUCCCUGGAUUUCUCAUCCAGUAACCCCAGUCAGCUGGCUGUGGGCAUGCAAGAUGGCACAAUCACUAUCUACAGUGUGAAGAGUCCAGACAACAAGUCAUGGUUCAUCAGCAGCAGUGAAUGUCCCAACAAGCACUUGGAUCCAGUGUGGCAGAUCAGGUGGACCCAACAAGAGUUGAGCGUAACAGGAGAGGAGAAGGUAGAAUCUCUCUUCUCUGUGGCUGCAGACGGCAGGAUCAGCAAGUGGUUUGUCUGCAACAAUGGCCUCGACUGCAUAGACCUGAUGAAGCUCAAGAAGAUUCAUAAUAUAAAGAAGAAGGCCGGGGGUAUCAAAACAGAAAGUGUUGUGUCAGCACUGACUCCCGGACUGUGUUUUGACUUCCAUCCAACAGAUUCCAGUGUGUACUUGGUUGGCACAUGGGAAGGUCUCGUUCACAGGUGCUCCUGUUCCAACAGUCAGCUGUUUCUGGAGACUUACAGGAAGCACUUUUGUCCUGUGAACUGUAUCGCAUGGAGUCCACUCAGUCCUGAUGUGUUCCUCAGCUGCUCCUCUGACUGGACCAUCCAGCUGUGGAAGAGCGACCUCCAGAACCCAGUGUUUGGCUUCUCCUCCACCCAGAGAGCAGUGUGCGACAUCAAGUGGUCCCCAAAGUGGGCCACAGUAUUUGGAGCCGUUAAUGAGGGACAGCUGGAGAUCUGGGACCUGAAUUCAAGCAUCUUGGACCCAAUCAUUGUGCAGCCUGCUGCCGCUGGUGUGAAGAUGAAGUCCCUGCUGUUUGCCACACAGACAGACUGUGUCCUGGUUGGAGACAGUGAUGGACAAGUGACCGUCUACCAGCUCAAGAACCUCAGUGUGGCAGAGAGCAGCCAGGUGGAUAUUCUGGAGGGCAUCAUCUGCUCUGCGGGAUCUGGAAAGCUUUAAAAAAAAUAAAAACACAGAUGUAUAUCCAUACCAUUUUUGUUAAAUGAUGUUAUCAGUACAAAUAAAGGUUUAUGCACACUGCAG